ACUUUCAUGUUUCAUAGAAAAAUAUAUUAGUUUGUUUAUGUUUUUGUUUUGUAAUUGUUUUAUUUUUAUCAUAUUUUGAUUCAAUGAUAAUUUGGAAAAAUAACUAAAUAAUGAGAGAUGCAUUGAGAUGUCGCAUUUGCUUAUUAAAAAAUGAACCUCUUCUUUAUUUGAAUGAUAAAGGUUGCAAAUUAAUCUCCAAAUUAGAAACUGUUAUCCCUGAAUUGCUGUGGCAUGAAAGUUUUUGCAUAUGUGAGGAAUGUUCUAAAGAAUUAGAUGUUGCUUUCAGUUUUAAAACAAAAUGCUUACAAUCUUAUGAGAAAAUCGUAUCUGAGGCUGAAUGUAAUGAAACCAAUGAAGCAGAGACAGAUGAAAACAAAGUUGAUGAAAUAAUUGAUCCCCCUUCUCCUCUUUCUGAAUCAAGGGAAGAUGAUGUUGAUUACAAAAUAGAAAGUGUUAAGCAAAUAAGAAAAGCUAAAACAAAAAUCAAGCAAAAGAAAUUAAAAAAUGAAAUUCCCAAGCAGACCAGAACCAGAACUACAUUUUAUACAUGUCAAGAAUGUGGAAUUGAAUGUAAUAGUACAAAAAAAUUUAUUAAACACUGUGAAGAUACUCACGAUAUGGUCAAAAAGGAUAUCAAACCUUAUUCAUGUCCAAAAUGUGAUAAAAGAUUCAAGACUUCUACUAACCUUAAACAACAUUUAAAGUAUCACAAGGGUACACGUUCUGAAAUUUGUACAUACUGUGGCAAAGGAUUUAUAACAAAACCUGAUCUUUUUGUUCAUGAAAAAAUUCACUUCAAUCAGAAAACAUAUUCUUGUGAAUUUUGCAACAAAAGUUUUAAUACUCAUAAAAAUUUGGGCACUCAUAAACUUAUUGUGCAUACUGAUCCUAGUUUGUGGAAUUAUGUUUGUAGUUUCUGUAAUAAACGAUUUCCUCAAAAAUCAAAUAUGACUGCUCAUGUAAGACGCCAUAAAGGUGAGAAAUUAUUUGAAUGUCAUUUGUGUCCGAAAAAAUUCUGUGAAAAUGGCACAUUGAAGAAACAUAUCUUGACUCAUUCCAAUGUUAGAAAUAAUAGAUGCAGUGAAUGUGGAAAAGAGUAUAGGGAAAGAAGAGUAAUGGAGCUUCAUAAAGCAAAAGUCCAUGGUAUAGGUGAUAUCGUCGUCCCUGUUAGAAUUAAGAAAUAUAUUUGUCAUAUUUGUUCAAAGGCAUAUUAUGAUAAGAAUAAAUUAACAAGACAUUUAUAUACCCAUACUGGAGAAAAACCGUUCCGUUGUGAAUUUUGUGAUAAAGCAUUUACUGAUAAAAGCUAUUUAGCUAAUCAUAUUAAAAAUACUCAUAUAAAUAAGUCUGUUACAACUGUUCCCAUUCCAGUUCAAGUUUGACAUUCAGCUUAAUAUUUUCUUAUUUAUAACAUUUUUGUAAUCUCAAAUAUUUAUUUCGAAUAAAUCAUUAUUCAGUU